CGCGCUGAAGGAAGAAAAUGUUUCUGCUUCCGGUAGAUUCGGGUCUAAUUCAUGCAAAAAAAUAAAUUACUUAGCCAGCUCUUACAAAGAGCAUUUUCCUUAUCAUUAAGUGACUGUUAUAGAACAGUAUUUUUAUUCUGGACACCAACUGGCUCUAAACAUUAUGGAUAUCUCCACGCCUCCAGAAGAUCAAGAGCUACGAAACGUCAUAGAUAAACUGGCCCAGUUUGUGGCCCGCAAUGGACCCGAAUUUGAAAAGAUGACCAUGGAGAAACAAAAGGAUAAUCCAAAAUUCUCCUUUCUUUUUGGAGGAGAAUAUUUUGGCUACUACAAGUACAAGCUUGCUAUUGAGCAACAGCAGCAUCCAACCACUCAUGAUGAUGAAUAUAAAAUGGAAGUGCUUUGUAAGCCACUGGGUAAAGAAGCACCUGAUGGUCCACCACCGAUGACACUGCUUCCUCCUCCUCCAAUUCCUCCCAGCACCCCUUCGGUGGAAGAGCUGAUUCAGCAGAGUCAGUGGAACCUGCAGCAGCAGGAGCAGCACCUGCACAACCUGCGACAGGAGCAGGUAAACACAGCUAUUGUGCUUGCCAUGGAGCAACAGUUGCAGAAACUGUUGGUGGAAACACAGCUGGACAUGGCAGAGUUUGACAGCCUGCUUCAGCCAAUCAUUGACACAUGCACAAAGGAUGCCAUUUCUGCUGGAAAGAACUGGAUGUUUAACAAUGCCAAGUCCCCACAACAUUGUGAACUUAUGACUUCACACCUCCGCAACCGCAUAACAGCAGAUACAGCACACUUCGAGCUUCGCCUACACCUCAUCUAUCUUAUAAAUGAUGUCCUGCAUCACUGUCAGAGGAAAAACCAGAGGGAUCUUUUGGCUGCCCUGCAGAAGGUUGUGGUGCCGAUCUACUGCACCAGCUUCUUGGCCGUGGAGGAAGACAAGCAGCAGAAAAUUACACGGUUGCUCCAGUUAUGGGAGAAGAACGGUUACUUUGAUGAGAUCACCAUACAGCAGCUCCAGAGUCCGGCCCUGGGUUUGGGACAGUAUCAGGCUUCGCUGAUUACGGAGUAUGCUGCAGUGGUGCAGCCGGUUCAAUUGGCCUUCCAGCAGCAGAUCCAGACGUUGAAGACUCAGCAUGAGGAGUUUGUGGCCAACCUAAAGCAGCAACAGAGUGUCGCUGUGGCAGCAGCAGCAGCUGCUGUAGGCCAGUUAGCAACAUCAGAACCUGAGGGUAAAGGAGGGAACCAAUCCUCUUUGACAGCACAGCCCGCAGAUGUGAAGCCUCAAAUGACAGGCCCACCACAGACUGAUUAUGAUGGUUCUCAGACCAGACAGCCUGACUCCAAUACUUCUGCCUCUGAUAUGCCCUCUUCGAAGCCUGGCUGGUUUGAUCCCCAGCAUGGAAUGCCAUCCUGGAACCCUCAGCAACCUCCACCGUUUGACCCCACACAGGCUCCUCCUCCAUGCCCACCAUGGAACAGCCAUGAGGGGAUGUGGAAUGAGAGGGAGCCAAACUGGAGCAGUCCUCGAGAUGGUGGCCCGGGAGGACCAGGAGGCCCGGGAGGACCAGGAGGCCCGGGAGGUCCAGGGGGUCCGGGAGGACCAGGGGGUCCGGGAGGACCAGGAGGCCCAUGGAGUAGCCAAAAUGAACCUCCGCCUUCAUGGAGUGGGCAGUUCGAACAGCCACCCUGGAGCAACCAGCCUGAUCAGCCCCCUUGGAGCCAGAGAGAGCCACCUUUCCGCAUGCAGCGCCCCCCACACUUCCGGGGACCCUUCCCCCCACACCAGCAGCCGCCCCCGUUCAACCAGCCACCUCCUCCACAUAACUUCAACCGCUUCCCUCCACGCUUCAUGCAAGACGACUUCCCACCCCGGCAUCAUUUCGAACGGCCACCAUUUCCACCACAUCGGUUUGAUUACCCGCAAGGGGAUUUUCCUGGGGAAAUGGGUCCGCCACAUCACCAUCCAAAUCAGAGGAUUCCUCCCCCAGGAAUGGGUGAACAUCCUCCAUGGGGUAGUAACCAGCACCCAGACUUUGGGCCCCCACCACACGGCUUUAAUGGCCAGUCACAUCACAUUCGACGGCAGAAUCCUUCACAUGUGAACCAGGAUGACCCUAGUCUGGUGCCCAACGUCCCCUACUUCGACCUGCCUGCAGGCCUCAUGGCCCCUCUUGUAAAACUGGAAGAUCAUGAUUACAAGGCUCUGGACCCCAAAGACAUACGCUUGCCUCCUCCAAUGCCUCCUAGUGAGCGUCUGCUGGCUGCUGUGGAGGCCUUUUACAGUCCACCAUCCCAUGACAGACCCAGAAACAGUGAGGGUUGGGAGCAAAAUGGCCUGUAUGAGUUCUUCAGAGCGAAGAUGAGAGCAAGGAGGAAAAAGGAGCAAGAGAAACGCAACAGCACACGAGGCAGUCGUUCCCGUAGCCGUUCCCGUAGUCGAGGCAGAUCAUCAUCGCACUCCAGCUCCCGCUCCUCCAAAUCGUCACGUUCCAGGUCUUCCAGAUCACGUUCACGAUCACGCUCCUACUCCAGAUCUCGAUCCAGAAGCAGAAGUCGCUCCAGGUCAAGGUCCAGAAGCCGCUCUCGCUCCAGAUCACGUUCUAGAUCACGCUCACCUGACCGGCGACGACAGCCUGCAAAGUCCCGCAGCCCCACACCACCGUCCACCUCUGGCUUGGGCUCUGGACCCCCAGCUCAACCUACUGAUCAGAGGCUGGGCGAGGAGAACAAGGGCCAUCAGAUGCUCAUGAAAAUGGGAUGGAGUGGCUCUGGCGGGCUUGGCGCAAAAGAGCAAGGCAUUCAGGAUCCUAUUAAGGGAGGUGAUGUGCGGGACAAGUGGGAUCAGUACAAAGGUGUUGGAAUUGCCCUGGAUGACCCGUAUGUCAACUACAGAAGAAACAAAAGCUACAACUUUGUUGCACGGAUGAAAGCCAGAGAAAAAGUAAAUCGGGAUACGCAGGAACCUUCAACUACAGAAUGAUUCUUCAUAACACUUUUUUUUAUGUAAGGAAACCCGUCUUUGAUGUUGCCCUUUUGUUUGAAAUUGACCAGCCUUUGGGUGUUUUCAUUAUAAUAAUUCAAAAUUUAAUGUAGUUUAAACAUUAAGUAUCAUCACAGUCCAAUGGAAUUAGCUUAGAUUUAAUACCCAGCACAAGAUAAUAAAGAUGUUUUAAUCAUG